AUGGGAUCUGCUACUGGGGAUCAUGUUGCAAGCGCAGCGGCGGCGUAUCACCCCCAUCCAGACGUCGACGCUCGACGGCAACAGAGCGAGCAGAAGCCCUUUCACAAGUAUGAAGGGCCUGCUGCUGCUGGAAAGGAGAAGAAGAAUCCGUUGACGGCGGAGUUUGGGGAAUUCGUGAGGGAGCAGCUGGACAAGUGGAAGGUUCCUGGUGUUGCGGUGGCGGUUGUUGAUGGGGAUGAAGUGUAUGCCGAGGGCUAUGGAUAUGCGACGCUGCCGGAUGUCCCAGCCACCGCCGAGACGCUCUGGUACGGCGCCUCGACGACGAAGGCGCACGUAGCAGCCGCCCUGUCCGCGCUCAUCCACUCGGGCAACCACUCGACGGCCCUGUCUCGGGGCUGGUCGACGCCCAUCGCGUCCAUCAUCCGCGACGACUUCGUGCUGCAGGACGAGUGGGCGACGAACCACGUCACGCUGGACGACGCCGUGAGCCACCGGACGGGCAUGCCGCGGCACGACAUGUCGCUCCUCAGCGUCGCCGACGGCGGCAGCAGGCCGGCGACGCCGAGGGACGUCGUGCGCAACCUGAGGAACCUGCCGCUGGCGGCGGAGCCGAGGCAGGCGAGCUACUACUGCAACUUGAUGUAUGCGACGCUGUCGCACGUCGUGGAGACGGUUACGGGGAGGUGGCUGGGACAGGUGCUGAGGGAGGUGAUUUGGGCGCCGCUGGGGAUGGACUCGACGUUUUUCGAUUUGAAGAGUGCUUUGGAUGCGCCGGAGCAUAUGGCUUCUGGGUAUGCUUGGGAUUAUGAAAGGGGGGAGUUUGUGGAGAUUCCCUAUAUGAACCUGACGGAAGUCAGCGGCGCGGGAUCCGUGAUAUCAAACGCGCUGGACUACGCCAAAUGGAUCAAGAGCUUGAUCCAGCAGUCCGGGCCUCUGUCUGAAGAGGUUCACAGGGAUAUCCGGACGCCGAGAGCGUACUGGGGUGGUUCUCCCGACAAGGGCUACGAUCUUCAGCUGUAUGGGCUUGGCUGGAUCAGGACUCUACACGAGGGCCAUGUGGUGUACACUCAUUCCGGGGGAAUGCACGCGUACGGAACCGAGGUGUACUGGUUCCCGGAGGCCGAGUAUGGGGUGGUGGUGUUUGGAAACACCGCGACGUGCCAUGUCGUGGAGGAGGUUGUUGGGUGGAAGCUCAUCGACGACAGGCUGGGUAUUCCUGAGCGGGAUCGUUUUGAUUACGCCAAGAAGUGGAAAGAAAGCCAGGACAAGCUGACUUGGCUGUACGAGAAUGCCGUGGACGUGCUCUACCCCGAGAGACCGGAUCCCGUUCUGCCCUCUACGCUGAACACGAGCGAACUGGUGGGCACAUACUACGACCCGGGCUACGGCAACAUUACGCUUCGCGAAGAGCCUCACCCAGAUAAGCCGGGCGAGAAGAUUCUCGUCGCCGACCGCCCGGAGACGACGUGGAAAUACUCAAUGCACUUUUACCAUGUCAGCGGCGACCAUUGGAUCGUGUACCUGCCGGCGCCGAUAUACAGCGGCAGCAGGUUCAAGGACUUUCAGGCCGCGGAGUUCAAGGUGGGCGCGGACGGGAAGGCUUGGGGCGUCGAGGUUCUCAUGGAGAGUCGGACGGAUCCCAUGCCUGAGGGUAAGGUGCUUUAUAAACGAGUCGUGUGA